AUGAAGGUCUCGUCGGGUUCGAUGGCCUCGUUGGCCUUGGUCCUGUUUUCUGGUUCUGCUCUGGUGGGUGCCCAGACUUUUACCGAGUGCAAUCCCAUGGUAAAAACCUGCCCGGCAAACCCUGCUUUAGGUGGGACGGGUAAAUUCAACUUCCUUGAAUCUUCCGAUCGAUUUGAUGUCGUGGGUGGUUCGCCAACAUACGGUCCCGAUGGUGCUCUCCUCGCCGUGGCGAAACAGGGCGAUAACCCAACCCUCGUCUCGAAAUUCUUCAUCAUGUUUGGCUUUGUUGAAUUUGUCAUCAAGGUUGCCCCUGGCCGCGGCAUCGUCAGCAGCGCCGUCUUGCUGUCAGACACUUUGGAUGAGAUAGACUGGGAAUGGCUGGGCGGCAACAACGCGCAGGUCCAGACCAACUACUUUGGAAAGAAUCAACAGGGCACUUUCGACCGUGGCGCUUUCCAUAGCAACGCAGGCAAUCAUGAUGGUUAUAACUCUUAUUCCAUCGACUGGUCCAAGGACCGCAUUCUGUGGCUGAUCAACGGCGAGGUUGUCCGCACGCUGACGGCCACUGAGGCUGGUGCUUCGUACCCGCAGACACCGAUGCAGGUUAAAGCGGGUGUCUGGGCCGGUGGUGACCCUUCUAACCCACCCGGAACUAUUGAGUGGGCGGGUGGUGUAACUGACUACACAGCUGGUCCUUACGUCAUGGGGCUCAAGUCCAUUACCGUAACUGACUAUUCCACUGGCAGCGAAUACCGCUAUUCUGACAAGAGCGGUACCUGGCAGUCCAUUGAGGCUGUUGGUGGUAAGGUCAAUGGCAAUGGGACACCUGGGACGGGCCCACAGGUAGAGUCUUCAGCCCCCCCUGCAGAAGCCACCCGCCCUCCUACCACCAAAGGUAUGCCACAUAUACCAAGCGAGUAUCCUUGGGUUCCCCGUCCCACUACUACUAUCCCUAGCGAUACACUCGACACCAAGAGUGCCCCCUCAGUAACCACUUAUCCAGGGCUCCCCAGUGACUGGAUAGUCACCGACUCUGGGAGAGCCAUACCGCCGAGCACGGCUUCUAGAACAUCCCAGUCUCCUUCACAGUCGUCGCCUUCAUCUUCGGUUUCCUCUUCCGCUGGUGGCCCUGAAUCCUCAUUUUCAUCUUCUGGUUCUCAAAUAAUUACAGCAACAAGAUCAUCUUCUCCCACUGGCACGGUUGCACCCCAAGCCGGUGCAGCUAUAGGCAAUUUCCGUAUCCCGUACGGGGUUGCUGGUGUCUGUGGCUUGAUUGGUGCUAUGACUCUCCUAUAA